AUGGCUCGCUCGGACCGUGACACGCUUCCUGAUGUGGUGAAGCCUCAGCGUUAUGGCAUUUCGCUGUACAAUCUGGAGCUUGGAGGCUCUUGGGGCUACAAUGGCACUGUCAAGAUUGAUGCGACUAUUUCCAAGCCCACCAAGGAAAUUGUCUUGAACGUGAAGGAGGUCAGCGUUGAAAAGGCGGAGGUCCAAGCUGUUACAGGCUCAACCUCCGUCAAAGCUGUUGGGAUUUUUUACGACAAGGUUUCAGAACGGGUGACACUGGCUUUCGACAAGGAAAUUCCUUCUGGGGAAGCUCUUUUGACUAUCGAAUUCACCGCGACUAUUAACGAAGCUAUGGCAGGAUUCUCGCGCUGCAAGUACAAAGCUCCUGUGACACCAUCUUCAGCUACUCCAGAAUUGGACGGAUACCACUACAUGAUGAGCACCCAGUUUGAGGCUUGUGAUGCCAGAAGAGCCUUUCCAUGCUUUGACGAGCCAAACUUGAAGGCCGAGUUUGACUUUGAGAUCGAGGUCCCAAAGGAUCUCGUAGCUUUGAGUAAUAUGCCAGUCAAAUCGGAGCGUGAUGGAAGCAAAGAGGGAUGGAAGAUUGUCUCUUUUGAAAGAACUCCGAUCAUGAGCACUUAUCUUUUGGCCUGGGCAGUCGGUGAUUUCGGAUACGUCGAAGCAAAGACAGAACGCAAGUACAACGGAGCUAGCAUCCCUGUUCGAGUUUACACCACCAAAGGCCUUGAAGAACAAGCCCGAUAUGCCUUGGAGUGCGCUCACAAGACUGUUGACUACUUUUCAGAACUUUUCGGAAUUGAGUAUCCUCUGCCAAAAUCUGACCUUCUCUGUGUCCAUGCAUUUGCCGCCGGAGCUAUGGAGAACUGGGGAUUGGUCACAUAUCGUACCACUGCGGUUCUAUUCGACGAGGGAAAGUCCGACUCCCGCUAUAAAAAUCGGAUCGCCUAUGUGGUCGCUCAUGAACUCGCCCAUCAAUGGUUCGGUAAUUUGGUGACAAUGGAUUGGUGGAGUGAACUUUGGCUAAAUGAGGGAUUUGCAACAUGGGUCGGCUGGCUCGCAGUUGAUCACUUUCAUCCAGACUGGAAUGUCUGGUCGCAGUUUGUGGCUGAAGGUGUCCAACAAGCUUCUCAACUCGACUCACUACGCGCCUCCCACCCUAUUGAAGUUCCCGUGAAGAACGCACUUGAAGUGGAUCAGAUUUUUGAUCAUAUCAGCUAUUUGAAAGGCAGUUCGGUGAUUCGUAUGCUCAGUAGUCAUCUCGGUCAGGAUGUUUUUAUCAAGGGAGUAUCGGAUUACCUUAAAAAGCAUGCAUAUGGGAACGCCACGACAAACGAUCUGUGGUCAGCGCUCAGUAAAGCGUCCAACCAGGAUGUCAACACCCUCAUGGAUCCAUGGAUUCGCAAAAUUGGUUAUCCAGUUGUUACAGUUGCCGAGGAACCUGGUCAAAUAUCUGUGCGCCAAACUAGGUUCCUUUCAUCUGGCGACGUUAAGCCUGAGGAGGAUGAGACAGUGUGGUGGAUUCCACUGGGCAUCAAGUCAGGAGCCCAGCCAACUAACAUCAAGCUGGAAGGCCUUACUACUAAAGCAGAUACUUUCCGAGGCAUCAGCGAAGACUUUUACAAGAUCAACAAGGACCAGUCGGGUUUCUAUCGGACGAACUACCCGCCAGAACGAUUAGCGAAACUCGGAAAGAGCCUCCACUUGCUUAGCACGGAGGACAAGAUUGGCCUUAUUGGAGAUGCCGCUGCUCUUGCCGUCUCAGGCGAAGGCACGACCCCUGCGUUGCUCGCAUUGAUUGAAGGAUUCGCUCAGGAGAGUAACUAUCUAGUAUGGCAACAAAUUUCCUCAACUCUCGCUAAUUUGCGAACCACAUUCUCGUCGAAUGAGUCUGCGGCUGCUGCUUUGAAGAAAUUCAAGUUAAAACUAGUCACGCCAGCUGCCGAGAAAAUUGGUUGGGAGUUCCAUUCCGAAGAGGACUACUUGACAGGACAGCUUCGCAAGCUACUCAUUGCUAUGGCAGGAGAAGCAGGCCAUGAAGGCAUCGUGACCGAAGCAAAGCGUCGGUUCCAACUCUGGGCUUCUGGCAAGGACGCUAAUGCUAUCCACUCUAAUUUGCGAUCCACUAUCUUCUCGCUCAAUAUUGCAGAAGGUGACCGAGCAGAGUUUGAGCGGGUGAAGGAGGAAUUCCUCCAGACUGACUCUGUCGAUGGCAAGGAUAUUUGCCUCAGCGCCCUUGGUCGCACAAGGAACCCUGAGUUGAUCCAAGAGUAUCUGAACUUUAUCUUCUCGGACAAAGUCUCUAUUCAGGAUAAGCACACCGGUGCUGCGUCAUUGGCUGUCAACUCCAUCGGCCGCUACGCACUCUGGGAGUACAUCAAGACCAACUUUACCGCCGUGUCGAAACAGCUAUCGGCCAACAAUAUUGUUUACGACCGUUUCAUACGACUAGGCCUGUCUAAGUUCUCAGAGAUAGCCAUUGCCGACGACAUUGCCAAGUUCUUCGAGGACAAGGAGACUGGUGCAUUUGAGCGGACCUUGGUGAUUCUUUCUGACAGCAUCCGCACAAAUGCUCGCUACAAGGAGAGAGACGAGAGGCUGCUGUUGGAGUGGUUCCAGGCGCAUGGCUAUGCUGAAUACGAUUACCUCUUCAAGCUCCUCCUUAUCGGAGACUCUGGUGUUGGAAAGUCCUGUUUGUUGCUUCGUUUUGCCGAUGAUACAUACACCGAGAGCUACAUUUCUACGAUCGGUGUCGACUUCAAAAUCCGCACUAUUGAAUUAGAUGGAAAGACUGUCAAGUUGCAAAUCUGGGAUACUGCUGGCCAGGAACGAUUCCGAACAAUCACAUCUUCUUACUACCGAGGAGCACACGGCAUCUGCGUUGUCUACGAUGUGACCGACAUGGACUCUUUCAACAACGUCAAGCAGUGGCUGCAGGAAAUUGAUCGCUAUGCUACCGAGGGUGUCAACAAACUUUUGGUCGGCAACAAGAGUGAUAUGGAGGACAAGAAGGUCGUCGAAUACACUGUAGCUAAGGAAUUCGCGGACAGCUUGGGAAUCCCAUUCUUGGAAACUUCCGCCAAGAGCGCGUCCAACGUCGAACAAGCAUUCUUGACCAUGGCCAGACAGAUCAAAGAGCGUAUGGGAACUGCUACGGUCAACAACAAACCUACCGUGCAGGUCGGCCAGGGUCAAGGCGUUCAAUCUGGCUCCGCGGGCGGUUGCUGUUAA